CAAAGCGUUCUUGGUGAUACUUGAAAAUGAUACCUUUUUUUAUUUUCAUUUUUUAAUCAAGCAACUUAAACUCAACUAAAGCGCAGGAAAUAUUACAAAAGCUUCACUAGGAGCACGCGCGCGUCUAUUGCUUCAAUAGAGAGAUGGCCGACAUCAGGACAUAUAAUGUGGUGAUUCUGGGAAUAGCAUUUUUACUCGUUUUCACAGCCUUCACCACUUGUGGAAAUAUAGAACAAACUGUGGUGAAAAGUCUGGAUAAUUCUACUUUCACUGGAAGUGGGUAUCACAGCCUUGGCAUAAUAUAUGGAGUUUUUUCGUUUGCGAAUUUAUUUGCUCCCUCUGUGGUAGCAGUAAUUGGACCACGGGUCAGCAUGUUCAUCAGCGGCCUCCUUUACAGUGGUUAUAUAGCUGUAUUUAUAAUCCCGUCAACCUGGUCGUUUUAUUUGACCUCAGUGCUGAUUGGGAUGGGAGCAGCCUUGCUUUGGACGGCUCAAGGGCGCUUUCUGGUGGGGAAUUCGGACGCUUCCACUAUUAACAGGAACACAGCAAUGUUUUGGGCUUUGCUGCAAUGCAGUAUGUUGUUUGGCAAUCUUUAUGUUUAUAUCGACUGGAAAGGAAAAUCUGACAUAUCAGACAAAGACAGAAAGACCAUGUUUAUUGCUCUGUUGGUCACCUCUGCCAUUGGAACACUAAGUUUCCUCUUUCUACGAAAGUCAAGUCAAGAGGAAGAGGAGGACGUUCUGUCUGAUGAGGAAGGCCAGCCCUUGCUCUCAUCUCGAAUGAUAUUUAAACAGCGAGCCAGUUCUGCCCUAAAUGAGGCCAAGACAGAUUUCAAGACAAUGCUGCACCUUUUUUGCACAAAAACUAUGUUACUCUUAAGCUUCUCCAUGGUGUACAGCGGUCUGGAGCUCUCUUUUUACAGUGGUGUGUAUGGAACUUGCAUCAGCGCUACGACUCGUUUUGGAAGCAGCUCCAAAGCCUUGAUAGGCAUUUCGGGGAUCAUGGUGGGAAUCGGAGAGAUUGUCGGUGGAGGUCUGUUCGGCCUCGUGUUGAAGAACAACCAUUUCAGACGCACGUCAGUCGUCUUCCUCGGGAUGGUGGUGCAUUUUGUUGCCUUCUACCUGAUCUUUCUCAACAUCCCAAAUGAUGCUCCAGUGGUCUUUGACUCCAGCCCACAGCUCAACCCUUAUCUGUCUCCAAGUGUGUCCAUCGCCUUACUGUGCAGUUUCCUGCUCGGGCUUGGAGACAGCUGUUUCAACACUCAGCUUUACAGCAUUCUGGGCUGUGUUUACACCGAACAAAGCAUUCCAGCCUUCGCUAUCUUCAAGUUUGUUCAGUCUGUCUUUGCAGCAGUGGCGUUUUUCUACAGCGGUUACCUGCUGCUGAGCUGGCAGCUGCUCAUCAUGGUCAUCAUGGGCUUCAUGGGCACGCUGUGCUUCUUCAUCAUGGAGCGGAUGCUGAACGUCUCAGCCGAUCUGCCAGAAUACUAGCUCUUCUCGUUACAGGGUUUCGUAUUCACAAUCAUGCGGCACUGCAUCUGAAUGUGUUAGCCGUUCUCACACUACUAGCAAUAAUACAGUCGUAUUUCUACUGAGUAUUAACACGUCGGUGGGGUUUGGUUGAACAUGUUGUAUCGCUGUUUUUUAUGGAAAACCUAUUCUCAUUCAUUUAUAUUUUAUAGGGUUUUUUUUAUGCAUGUGAUCAUUUUGGAAAGUCAUUGGCCCCAGAGGUUUCAAUGCAGAUUGGGUUAUGCUAUUAUUAUCUUAGAUUAUGUAAUACUAAUAUAGACAAUCUUCUCAAUUAGUGACAAUUUACUUAACGGUUCAGUUUAAAUACAUGGUGAAAAGAGAUUUAAACUGAUAAAAUACACUAUAUAUCCAAAAGUAUGUGCAUCCCUGACUAUCACACCCAAAUAACCUUAAUGAUCGCAAUCCAGAUUUAUUGCCCUCUCUCUCCACAGUUAUAAUAACCACCAUUCUUCUCUCCUAUGAAGGUUUUCCACUAGAUGUUGGAGCGUGACUCUGGGGAUUAGUGAUCAUUCAGCUACAAGAGCAUUAGUGAGAUCAGACACUGAUGUUGUAAGAGUGAGGAGGUCUGGGGUUCAUUCAGAGUUCCACUUCAUCCCAAAGGUGUUCAGUGGGGUUGAGUCAGAGUCAGGGCUCAGUGCAGGACACUCCAGUUCUUCCACUGUAACCUUAACACACCAUGUGUUCAUGGAUGGGAAAAUGUAAUGCUACAGCAUGCAAAAACCUUGUGUACAACAGUAUCAAGUCUCACAUUCUGUGUGUGAGAUGUUUAGGUGUCCAUAUACUUUUGGCUAUUAAGUGUAUAUAUAUAUGUUCUCAUUGCUGCAUGUUUAAUUUGUUUUGAGAUUAAAUAUAAAUCCUGUGAGCUUUUAUUAAACUUCUUGCACAACAUAAUUUCUAUGAAAAGGUUUGUGGUUGUGGUUAGAGGCUUUGUGAUGACUUUGUUCAUAACUUGCCGAUGAAGUCAGUCAUCCACAAAAUCUAACCACUUUUGUAUGAAAAACAAUGCAAGAUCUCAUCCUAACAUGCACUAAGAACAUGAUGAAUGUUUCGUGCUGUGAUCCGUGUCUCCUUUUUCAGGUUGCUGUUAGUUCUCUUAAAUUAUGAAUCGGACCUGUAGUUAUCUGUGCUCUGUAUUCACGCUAUAAUAUGAUUCCUGAUGGGAAUGAUGUUGUUAAUAAUGCUAGACACUAAUUUUUCUCAUUGUGAAGGAUUCAUAACGUAGAUUUUUGAUGCUUUUCUUGAGCACAAGGAUGAUUUCAGAGCCUCACUCUGUCCCUCACUCUCUCAGGGUUCUCCUUAUUCCAGUUUUCACAAGACCAUCUCGUACCUGUGCACAGGCAGUAUGAAUCUGAUAUGUAUUAAAGAUCAGGUUUUGUCGUGGUGUUUACAUAUCCUGCCAAUGUUUUAAUGAUGUUUUAAAGAUUUUCAAAAGCUGUUUUGACUUGUCACUCUCGGUAAUUGAUAUACAGUGUUGUGAGCUACCAAAGACACAAAAAUGUAUAAUAUUGAUGUAUAAUAUUGGCUUGGUGCAACAAAAUAGUUGACUUUGUCACUAGUUCCGUAUCCCGCCAGAAUAUAAUCUAAAAUAACUCGGUAUUCCAAUUGAUUCACAUCUUGUAUUUGUUUUAAUGCCAAUUUUUUUUUUUAUACAUAGCUUUAUUAGAUUUACGACGUACAUGCCACUAAUUCACUUCUCAGCACUUACUGAAUAACAAAUAAGCAAUAGUUUAUUGUUGGUCUUAGGAUAAAUAUAAAUACAUUAAUUUUAAUAUACUGUAUAUGUUGAUUUUUAACCAUACUCUCUGACAAUCAUGCAGGUUGAGCUUUUGGUCUGUUUAUAAUCACAAGUAUACUGUAUAUGACUAAGUGGGUGUAUCUUUUGUCAUAUAAUCUAUUUUCAUAGAUUUCUGCUCUCAAGAUGAAUAAAUAUGUGCCAAGCAGACUGUCUUUGUUUU